GCGGCUCGGUGCGAAGGGAUGAGUGAGUCGGAGCUCGGCCUCUCCCCAGCACGUUCUCAGCCGCUCCCGGUUCAGAGCCAGCGAGCGAGCGGCGAGCGAGGCUCACCAUCCCCCGGCGGCCAGGAUUCCGGGGCCGCUGAGCUCUCCCGCCUGUCGGGAGCUCGGAGCCCUCGGAAUCCCCGCAGCCGGAGACUUGUCAGGACUUUAGAGCGCCAGCGGUGUCCGUGGGCUCCAGCGCCUCCGACUUCCCGGGCCCCUUGCAGCGAGAGCCCCAGAGACGCGGGACCUCCGCGGAACAAGAUCGAGAUUGAGAAUUCACUGCAGUUACCACAAUGGGCAGCAAAACCUUGCCAGCCCCAGUGCCCAUACACCCAUCCCUUCAGCUCACCAACUACUCCUUCCUUCAGGCAGUGAACGGCCUGCCCACAGUGCCCUCGGACCACCUGCCCAACCUGUAUGGCUUCAGUGCAUUGCACGCUGUGCACCUGCACCAGUGGACGCUGGGCUACCCGGCCAUGCACUUGCCACGCUCCUCUUUCUCCAAAGUACCAGGUGCGGUGUCCAGCCUGGUGGACGCGCGCUUCCAGCUGCCCGCCUUUCCCUGGUUCCCUCAUGUCAUCCAGCCCAAGCCUGAGAUCACCACUGGAGGCAGCGGCCCAGCGCUCAAGACCAAGCCACGCUUUGAUUUUGCCAACCUGGCCUUGGCUGCUACACAGGAAGAUCCGUCCAAGCUUGGCCGGGGUGAGGGUCCUGGCUCACCCACAGGAGGGCUGGGGGCCCUCCUGGAUGUGACCAAGCUGUCUCCAGAAAAGAAGCCCACCAGGGGACGCCUGCCUUCCAAGACCAAGAAGGAGUUCGUCUGCAAGUUCUGCGGCCGCCACUUCACCAAAUCCUACAACCUUCUAAUCCAUGAGCGCACACACACCGACGAGCGGCCCUACACCUGUGACAUCUGUCACAAAGCCUUCCGGAGGCAAGAUCACCUCCGGGACCACAGAUAUAUUCACUCCAAAGAGAAGCCUUUCAAGUGCCAAGAGUGUGGGAAAGGAUUCUGCCAGUCCAGGACUCUCGCUGUCCACAAGACGCUACACUCACAGGUGAAGGAGCUCAAAUCCUCCAAGAUCAAGUGCUAAACGGAGCCUCCGGGCCUCCAGGACCCUGCGGCACGCCGCCCCCUCCUCCAGAGAGACCACAAGCAGGAGCCUUCUCCGGCAGGCAGCAGGAGGGGCGCUUGGGACCUCCCCCCACCCAGCAACGUCCCCUGGGCCCCCGGCG